AUGAUAAAGAUUCUACAAACAACGUUGAAAACUAAUGACUUGACACCACCACCUGCUGGCUCAUUAAACAAUCUAUCGUCUGGUGGACAUUCGCCUAACGAUACAAUGAAUUUAAGACCAUCGACAUACCAGUGUCAGUCAACAGUAUCGUUUUCUCAACCUGCAACACAAAAGCGUAUUAUUAAAUUGACAGUGUUUGGCGACAGUACCAUUACACAUUUGAAUGCAAGCCACAUUCAUGUACCUGGUCGUUCCACUGUCCAGUUCCGCUCUGGUUGUUCAAAUUUUGAUCAUCUAUCAAGUCAAGUUCUUCAUGAUAAACUGAAAACGGAUAUAACGAGCUAUUCCCUGGUUGUAGUAGGAACAAAUAAUUUAUCAUCGCGGGACACCGUUGAUACAACCAUCGACAAACUGAAGCUCUUCGUUUCAAUUUUUAAAGAAAAAUACAGUGACAAAAAGCUCAUCAUUGCUACCGUCCCACUACGUCGACAUAUCGGUCUGAAGAAAGACGUUGAUUCACUACACGAUGAUAUUGAAAAAUAUAACACCGACUACGAUCACUGUCAGAAAGCGAAGAUUUUUCAUUGA